ACAUUUCCCGCGAUCCGUCAAAUCAAAAUUCAAAUCAAAACAACGGCCUAGCAUGGCUGUAACUUUUGCUGCUUUUUAAGUUUCGAGGAAAUCAUUAUCAGUUUACUUUUCAACUUCCAUUGUCACGACUCAUAUCAAUCUGGGUUCAGUGGUGGCUUUCAUCAUCAAAAUUUCCGGGUCAAAAGAACAUAACAUAUAAUGCCACCUAUAUCAGGGAAAAUGAACGCUCUUCAGCAAGAUUGGUUGGUGAAGAUUUCCAAAGACGAUUUUGAAUCCAUCGCCAAAGAUAUACAGAAUUUUGUGAAAAAGAAGGAAAAUCAAGCAUUUGCUUGCAAGUGCCUUCUUACUUGUAGCAAACUAGCCUUCAAUGAGAAGUGCUCGUCCCCAGAUGCUUUGUUCACUGUGACAAAAGCUUGUUGUGACGCUAUAGUUCUUGAUACAACGGAUCAACAGAAGUUAAUAAAUGCUCUUUAUCACAUCACCAAAUAUCUUUUAGUGGAGAACUUAUUGGAGGAAGCUAUGUUAAUCAGUGAAAAUGUUAUCAAAGUAUGGAAAACAAAAGCAAAUGGCUGGUCUAGUAGUGAAGAAAAUACAGUGAUGGCUUUUCUUCAUAGUUUUUCUAAGCAUUUGAUGAACAUAAAUAUCACGCAAGAUCUUGACACACUGGUCAGCCUCAAAAAUAAGGCUUCAGCUCUGAAUCUGUGGUCGCACGUAUUAACUCUUUGCCUCAGUCUGAACAGAAAACCUCUCGCAGAUAUGCUGGUUAUUUUGGUCAAUUUAGCCAUAAAAUUCCACAAUUUAGAGAAGGAAAAAACAUCUGCUUUUCUCCUUGCUUGUCUACAAAGUCUUUUGACUUUAUCUGAAAAUAUCUCUGCUGAAAAGAUAAAAUUAGACGAACUUGUCCUGAGUCGCAUUUUACAGGUUUAUCGGCGAAUCGUUAUUAAUUAUAUGUCAAUUGAAAAUGGGUCCAAGCUUAGAGAAUCGGUACUGAGUGUGCUAGAUAAGCUAAAAAAAGUAUUCGUUUGUGGUGCAGAGCAAGUGAGCUACAUUCAGUUUUGUGAAAAAAUCGUACAGUUUGUGAACCGAUCCAUGCUUGAUCUAAGUUUAGAUGCAAAGUUACUGAAAGACUGUCAAACCAUGAUGAAUAAGUGGAGCAAUGAAUCUAAAUUAUCCUAUGAUUCGUCUUAUUUCAUGAAUGGAAUCUUGUUGAAAGUGGGAUCAUCAUGGACUAAGAGGGAACCUAAACUUCCAGGAGCCCUCUUCUCGCCACUGAUUAAGCUCGUCUUGAAAAGUCACAUGUUUCUGGAUGGCAAUCGCAUGGAGAUAUGCUCUGAAAAGUGUGCUAUGAACUGCGAUGAAUCAACAAUCCUGCAAAGUAAAUGCCUUCCUCUCAACUGGCUGAUGAUUUUUUACAAUCAGAAUCCAGACAAAAAUGAAACGUCUAUAAAAUUCUGGACAAGUAUCUACAAAGAUCUUGAAACUCUACUUGCAGAAACUCAAGAUUUUAUUCUCAAGCUAUCUGAAGCGAAUUGUCCUAGAUUGUCAAAGCUUUUCCAGUAUGCUUUACCGUACUUUUUAAAUGGUAUCAGCGGGUUUGCCCGGUCAGCCCAGUACCAAAGUGCAUAUACCUUAACUGUUUCAAUGUUGCAAAAUUUUGUUAAGCUACCAUCAAUAUUUUUGGAGGAAAACUUCACUGGAAAAUUAUUUGUCAAAGCACUAAGCCUUAUAAAUUGUUGUUGUUAUAAUUUAGGACAGUAUGCAACUCCUUUAAGCAUAAUAUCUGCAUGGGCUCUCAUUUUACCAAGUCAGAGAAAAACACUGUUUAGACUAUGGACUAAUUUUAAAUUGGAUGUUUUUCGGUCCAAGGAAAAGAAACUUGAAGCGUCUGUUUGGCAUGUUUUGACUUUCAAUGCAAGUAGUAUCAAAAAGCUUUGGAAUGCACCCGACUUAUCUCCUGAAUGUGCAGGUUCAUUAUUAAUAGAGGAAAUGAAAGCUUACUGUAAACAUAAUUUACCGUAUUGUGAACCUUUCUUUGCUGUUUUUGAAGCAUGUCGGAAACUCAAAUUAUCACCUCAUCAGGAAGCCAUCAUUCUUUGCCUUUUGGUCCGUGCUCUUGCUCAUGAUGUAUCCUCCAUAAAGAAACUAGCACCCAUCUUGGACAAAGUGAAAGAAAUAGAGACCCAGUUAUGUGGGCUCAAGAAGAAAUCAGAAACUAAAGAAAAAUUGAAAAUCAACAUUCUUCUCGGCUGUUUAAUUGUAGCCAGGUCCUGUUGCUUAAUUCUGAAGAUUCGCAGUCAAAAUGAAGGAGAACUCAACAGUCAAUGCAUGGUGGUAGAGCAACCAAAAAGUGAUGAACCAGGCACAGAAGUGAAUCCAAACGAUUCCUGCGCCGUAACCCCAUCAUUGUCUUUUAUGAAAAUAGAUAGCCACCAGCAGCUUUUCGAUUUGCUUGAUGAAGGCGUGAAGUACCUCAGCACUGCAGCAAGCACUAAAGUUUUAGAAAGUAUUUCAUUCGACAGUUGUUUAUAUUUUGACAGCUUAGUUGAUGCUGCUCAUAUCUAUAAGAUUUAUGGUUAUGAAAUUUCGGAAUACACCACCUGGGAGCUAGGGUUCAAAGUUUGCAGCACCUUAAAGCAAAACGAGGGCACAAUCAUAAGUAUGGCAAAUAUUCUUGGCUUAAGGUCAACUGUUAGUGCUAAGUGGUUGGCUUACACGGAAACGCUGGUGCAAGCCCUUGAUGAGAACGAAACUGCCCUGAAAUAUCAAUACUUCCUAGCCUGCAUCAGGAAUAAUUUCUUGAAGCAAGAGUAUGAUACAGUCAAUGAUUUGUUCCAACGUGUUGACACUAAAGAGCUCAAGAAAGCUCACAAACUACUCUACGCUGAAUAUUAUAUCCUUCUUAGCAAGUGUUUUUUCAACCCAGAUAUUUCACCUAUCAACUGCGCCGUAGAAGCUUACAUAUGUCUGGCAGCUCAUGUGAAAAAGAAAGAUUGGAGUAAUUUCACAGAAAGCUGUAAGUUGAACUCUUUGCUGUUUGAGGCCACUCUAAAUAUCGGUGACAACUUUUUGGAUCUUAUGCUCCCCCGGGAGACGCGCUCUUGUUUGAAAGCACAACUGAGACUUGCUCAAAAACUUGCUUUACCACUAAGGUUAGCCCAGGUUCUAGUCCAGCUAACAUGGGUGGAUAUAAUGUGCUGCAACAAAAACGAUGCAAAAUUGAAGAUUCAAACUUUGGAAGAAAUCCUGCUGCUGCCUAUGCGUGUUUCCAACUUAGUUCCUGUAAAGACGGGAUCUCGGCGCACCAAGUUAAUCAAAGUAGAGCAGCCUGAUUUUCUGAAACAUGAAAAUUGCCAGUGCUUUGUGUGUGCCUCGUCACUAUGCCAGCAUGUCAUCUUAGAAACUAUACGUCUGCAAGCUGCCUUUACCAACUUAAACCCUGAGUUUCGGAACUACUGCAUGGAUUUCUUGAAAUGUGCUCAAAACAUGUUAUCCAAAAUCUGUCGGAAUAGGAAAGAAGAAUGGAUGCAACUUAGUGAAAUCAAGCUUUUCAUUCAGUAUAUCGAUUACCUGACUCUCAUCAAGAGCUUUAAAGAGGCGACCAAGAUAUGUGAGAAAAUAUCUGUGUUUGUCUCCUCGUUCCCUGAUGCUCACCCUUGCAAUAAAAUUCUGAAGCAGGACAUGUUUGAGCAAAUGGUCAGUCUGAACAGAGCUGAAACAGAGCAGUUGAAAACUGUCUAGUGCCAUGUGUAUCGGUCUAUUUAAAAUAAGACACUCAUUAUCGUGUAACAACUGUAAGUUGAAAUUCGUUUGUAUUGUAAAUUUUUAAUCACCAUGCAAGCGUCCAUGUCAUACGGUUUUUUAAACUAAGCCUACAAGAAAAAGGUGCUUUCUUAAAUUCAAACUAUUUGGUGUGAAAAUCUCGUUUCAACCAAACUUAUUAUUUGAUGGACUCUCUUGAAAACGCUUAAAAUUCAGUAAUUGCAAGAGCAUGAGGCACAAAAAUUGAGUUAGGAGCUGUUUUGAGUAAAUUUUUAUCAGAACACUCUGCGUCUGAAAAUAGUUAAAACCUUUAAUCUUAAUCUCUGGCUUUGGCUGGUUUGCUGAUCUGAAUGUACCUGAAUUUUAGUCUCUAAGAAUUAUACAGAUGAAAAGAACAACAAUGAUUCAAAACAUACUUUAGUACGGACCUUACUUAUAUACAUAAGAUACUAUUACAAUACUGAAAUAAAAUAUCUUUGUAAUAAUAUUUUUCAAAACAAAUUUUCAACGGUUUUAAGGAGAGAUUUCUCUGCAGUGAUUGCUUUUAAAAUACUUAUUUUUACAAAUCGAUGUAUUCAAAGCAUCAUAGUUUUUGAAGUACAAUACCUAAGAUUUUUUUUAUACAGUAUUUUACAAUUGGUUUUUGAUGACCAUAUUUGUGAUUUUAGACAGAUAUAUUUUUAGAGUUAAAAAUUGAAGAAGGUGUAACUGCAGGAGCGUUUAUAUUGUUUGCGGAGUUUUAAAAUCUCCGCUCCAAUUUAUUUUAUCCAAGUACUAACCAACACUAUUGCCCGAAAUUUUUACAGAAUAUCUUUAAUACGUAGAAGAAAAACAGAGGGAAGUUUUCAAGAAAUGACACUAAGUAUAUUUUAAUAAAAAAAUAAAGUAAGACAGAAAGCCUGGAAUGUGACAAAUUGAGAUACUGAUUCCUUCAGUUUCACCAUCGAAAUGUGGCAAAAUUUUUAAAUUCUUCUUUUUAUUAUUAAUUCUUUCUCUAUUAAGUUUUAAUUAUUUGAUCUACAUUUUUCUCAGAGUUUCAAGAAGCAUGAAUCCUGCAAAAAGCUUUCGAUAUAAACUACCAAUUGCUUGCUAUUGUAAUAGAUAUUGAGAAUUACUUGUACUCUGUGAAUACCUUAAAUUAAGUAUUUCAAAGUUUCUGCUUGAAAUGAAAUGAAGCACUCACUAAUUGAUAAGGUAUAAUAAUCAUUAUUCAUGAAAACUGCGCUCUUAGUUUUUACAGAUAUGAUCUUAUUGUACUUAGGUAUGGAAUCUUUGAUCCAAUGUAGCCCGGUCAUGCUCAGCUCAACUUUCCUCAGGUCUCAAUGAAUACCAUUUAGCUUUUAAGUUUUUUACAUCUGUUUUUGUUUGGAAAGCAUGAUGAUCUCAAAAAUUUGUUCUUUGUUUGGAAAGCUGUAUUCGAAAAAAGCUUUUUCUGAACCGUAAUUUUGUACUUUUUAAAAUUACCAAGGUUUUUGCUUUUAAAUAGAAAAAAAUUGUCAAAA